ACCCUGCAAGCUGCUUCAGGCUCCAUCUUACUUGUUCCUCUGGUGAACCAGGUUAAUUGAAUUUCCAAAAGAUGCCUAAACUCCUACAAAGCAUUGUCACUGUCAUCGAUCUUUUCUACCAAUAUGCUAAGCAGGAUGGGGAGUGUGACAUGUUGAACAAGGCAGAAUUGAAAGAACUAUUGGAAAAUGAGUUUGGUCAAAUUCUGAAGAAUCCAGAUGAUCCAGACACUGUAGAUAUCAUCAUGCAAAAUCUGGAUCAAGACCAUAACAAGAAGGUCGAAUUUACUGAGUACCUUCUGAUGAUAUUCAAGCUGGCUCGCGCUUGUAACAAAAUUGUCAGCAAAGAUUAUUGUAAAGCUUCAGGGUCAAAGAAAAGAGAUCACAUUCACCAGCACCAAGAGGAACAGAGUGAAACCGAAGAAGAGGAAGAAGGGCAAGAAUCAUCUUCUAGUCAUUCAAGCUGGAGUGAAGGAAAGCAUGAUUCCUCCUCCUCCAGGGGCUCCAGAGGAAGCAUUAACCACAGCUCCAGAAGAAAGAGGCAUCAAAGAGGCUUGUCUAGUUCUGGGCACAGGCAAAGCUCUGGGGAAAGAAGGAAAGAGUCAUGUGCAGGCCACUUCAAAGGCAGUAAGAAAAGCGAGCAUGGCUCUUGUCAGCACAAAAGGUCUAAGAGUGAAGAAGUUGGUUAUAUUCAUUCAAGUAACAGUAGAAUGAGAUCAGACUCAGCAAAUGCAUCAGGUGCUUAUGGAGAACAAGGGCAUGUGUGCCAGCUAGAGGGUCAGUCUUUCAGUUCUGACCAACACUGGUCUGACACAAAUGAAUCUUUAGGGAACAGACAACAUAAGAAGAAAUCAAGCCAGUCACUUAGAAAGCAGGAUCAUGUAUUCAGCUCAAAGAGUUUCAGAAGACAAGACCACUGGUCAAAUUCAAACGAGCCCACUGGUUGUAGUCAUGGCUCUGGCUCAGGCCAGCACUCUCAACAGAGAUGGCAUGAACCAAAUGAGGGAUAUCAAUCAGGAAACUAUGAAGAACAAGGAUACUGUUCUAGUUCAACUGAGGGAUCCAGUUAUGGCCAACUCAGGUCAUGCUCAGGACAGUUUUCUAGCUGUGUCCAACAUAGGUCUCAAUCAGGUCAAUCCUCUGGCUAUGGACAACAUAGAUAUGGCACAGGUCAGGCUUCUGGCUUUGGGCAACAUGGGUCUGGCUCAGGAGAGUCUUCUGGCUUUAGUCAGCAUGGAUCUGGCUUGGGUCAAUGCUCAAGCUAUGAACAACAUAAUUCUACCUCAGGACAGUCACCAAGCUGUAGCCAACAUGGAUCUAGCUUAGGUCACUCUACUAGCUGUGGUCAACAUGGAUCUGGCUCAAGUCAAUCAUCUAGCUAUAGACGAUAUAGCUCUGGAUCAAACCAAUCUCUUAAUCAUGGCCAACAUAGGUCGGGAUCAAGUCAGACUUCUAGCUAUGGCCAAUAUAGGACUGGAUCAGGUCAUUCUUCUGGCUUUAGGCAACAUGUGUCUGGCUCAGAAGAGUCUUUUGGCUUUAGGCAACAUGGGUCUGGCUCAGGAGAGUCUUUUGGCUUUAGGCAACAUGGGUCUGGCUCAAGAGAGUCUUUUGGCUUCAGUCAGCAUGGAUCUGGUUUAGGUCAAUCCUCUAGCUAUGGACAACAUGGUUCUACUUCAGGAAAUUCAUCAAGCUGUGGCCAACAUGGCUGUAACUUAGGUCAGUCUUCUGGCUAUGGUCAACAUGGCUCAGGUCAGUCUUUUGGCCAUAGCCAACAUGGGUCUGGCUCAGGUCAGCCUUUUGACUUUGGGCAACAUGGGUCUGGCUCAGGAGAGUCUUCUGGCUUUAGUCAGCAUGGAUCUGGCUCGGGUCAAUGCUCAAGCUAUGAACAACAUAAUUCUACCUCAGGACAGUCACCAAGCUGUAGCCAACAUGGACCUAGCUUAGGUCACUCUACUAGCUGUGGUCAACAUUCAUCUGGCUCAAGUCAGACAUCUAGCUAUGGCCAAUUUAGUUCUGGAUCAAACCAAUCUCUUAAUAAUGGCCAUUGUAGGUCUGGAUCAAGUCAGACUUCUAGCUAUGGUCAACACAGGGCUGGAUCAGGCCAGUCUUCUGGAUUCAGACAACAUGGGUCUUUCUCAGGAGAGGCUUAUGGCUUUAGCCAGGGAUCUCACUUAGGUCAAUCCUCUAGCUAUGGACAACAUGGUUCUACUUCAGGACAUUCAUCAAGCUGUGACCAACACGGAUCUAACUUAGGUCAGUGUUCCGGCUAUGGUCAACAUGGCUCAAGUCAGUCUUCUAGCCACAGCCAACACAGAGCUGGCUCAAGUCAGUCUUUUAGCCACAGCCGACAUAGGUCUGGCUCAAGUCAGUCUUCUGGCUUUGGUCAGCAUGGAUCUGGCUUAGGUCAGUCAUCAAGCUAUGGUCAACACCAAUCUGGAUAUGGUCAAUGUUCUAGGCAUGGACAACAUGGUCCUGCUUCAGGUCAGUCCUCUGGCUUUGGACAACAAAGGUCUAGAUCAGGUCAGUCUAGCUAUGACCAACACUGGUCUGGCUCAGGUCAGUCUUCUAGUUGUGGCCAGCAUGGAUCUAGCUCAGGAGAGUCUUCUGGCUGUGGUCAACAUGGGUCUGGCUCAGGUCUGUCUUCUAGCUAUGGCCGACAUCGAUCUGGAUCAAGCCAAUUUUCUAGCCACAGUCAAUACAGAUUUGGUUCUGGUCAGUCCUCUAGAUAUGGCCAUCAUGGGUCUGGAUCAGGUCAGUCUUCCAGCUUUGGGCAACAUAGAUCUAGCUCAGGAGAAUCUUCUUCCUUUGAGCAUGGAUCUAGUUUAGGUCAAUCAUUAAGCUCUGGACAGAAUGAAUCUAAAUACGGUCAAUCCCCUGCCUAUAGACAACAUGGUUCUACCUCAGGACAAUCAUCAAUCUGUGGCCAACACACAUCUGGACCAGGCCAGUCUUCUAGCUAUGGCCAACAUGGGUCUGGAUUAGGUCAAUCUUCUAGCUGCAGUCAACAGAUGUCAGGGUCAAGACAGUCUUCUGGCCAUGUCCAAAGUGGCUCUGGUUCAAGUCAAUGCUCUAGCCAAGGCCAAUGUGGAUCUGAAUGGAGUCAGUCUUCCAGAUAUGGCCAACACAGAUCUGCCUCAGGUCAGUGUACUACCCAGAAUCAACAAUCUGGCUUGGGUCAGUAUUCUAGCUCUGAACAACAUGGGCCUGGCUCAUAUUGUUCAUCUUGCUCUGAACAAAGUGGUUCUGGACCUGGUCAGUGUUCUAGCUAUGAGCAACAUGAAUUACAAGGGAGAUGUAGGUCAAGUUCAAGUGGAACUCAUGAAGGGUACAGUAGACCACAAACAGGUUCAAGUCCUAAUCAGUCAAGAAGAAAUAGUCAGGAAUGGUCAGGGUACUGCCAAAAAGAAAGAAGUAGGAGCUGCAGUCCAACAAGCGGCGAGUCUGAUGGAUAUGAGAGUAUUCAUGGACAAUCAAGAACAUGUAGGCAACAAAGCCAAGGAUGCAGCCAGGAUCAGUGGGAAUCCAGCUGUAGCUAUUCAAAUUGUAAUGAAGGGCAACCAAGAAGUAGUUAUAGACAACUAGAAAGUUCCUCAAGUUGUGGCUCUGGACAAUUUAUACCCUCCUGUGGACAGUCUAGAUCCAACACUACCAAUACACUGUUAAUUUGCAAGGAGGAUAACAGACAAGGUGGCUAUUUUCACCAGAGAGAAGUUGGUGACUGUGCAGGAGGAAAUACCAUCUCAAGCUCCCAUAGUUUCCACAGCAGCACUCCACUCUAUGAAUAUGUCCAAGAGCAGAGGUGCUAAUUCGAGGAAUGAACAAUAAAUAAGUGAAAUUAACUCAAGUAGCAGUUUAAGAAAUAUGAAACUAUUAUAUAUGAGCAAUUCAUUACAAACCUUCUCUUUAAAAGUGGAGGUAUCUAUUUCUGUCUUUUCCAUUUUUAAACAUUUAACUGUACUCAAUUCGUGGUUAUUGGGUUCCUUCCAAAGAAUAUAGGAUAUGAGGGAUACUUUGUUGGGAAAUACUGGUGAAUAAAAAAUGUGUGGGAAUAAAUUUGGAAGAACAAUGAAAAGCAGUUAAGAUGCUUGGGUUUGGUCGAAAUAUCUUUUUGAGAGCACUUUGCUCAUUAUAUGAUGCCAAAGCUAAGCUUUCAUCUAUAAGGAACAAAAAAUUAUAAAUGCGCUACCAGUUCUGGAGUCAAAGUUUCUCUUACAGUAACAUGACAACAAUUUUUGUGUGCCCCACAAUGGGUGCUGGCAGAAAGGCGAAGACCCUAAAAACAAAGAUGCAGCACUGGUAGCCUCUUUACUUAUCAAAACAACCAAGCCCCUAUUCUUAGGUAUAUGUUUAAUUGUUAAACUAAUGAAAGGCAUAAAAAAGUAGCACCAGGUGCUUCUUCCAAACCUGUGUGCGAGAAUUUUAUCUUAAAGGGCAGAGAUGAAUCAGUUCAGGUUUAGAGAGCUCUGGCUUAGUUUGAACAAGAAUGAUCUUGAAGCCUACUACUAAGAAUUUUCUCCAGGUUAAAAAAAAAUUUAGAAGAUCAAUAGUAGGAAAAUACAAUGGCUCCAAACUACUUCUGUAGUCACUGGUCUUUCCUCAUAGAAAAAAAUCUAUUUAUACAGAGAUGGAACAAAAAGCUGUCCACUGCCACUGCUGAACAGUUUCUUAGUUUAAGUAGAGCACAUUUGUUUCAAGUUUUUGGAUUCAAAUAACUGGACUGUAUUAAAAAUGACAAUAAACAAUGGUGACCAAAUACUGA